UCUCUCGUAUUUCUCUAAUGGGUGUGCUCGAAGAAUUUAAGUCACGUAAUUUCUCUCUCUAUGCUCAAUGGUUAGGCGUGGCUUCCAUAGCUCUCUUGAUUGCUCUUGGCGUUAUCAACGUGCUUGGCAAUCCUAUUUUUGCUAUUUUAGGAUGGGUGAUAGCAUUCAUCUUAUUUUUUGUUGAGGUACCAUUAUGUACCAAAUUCUGCCCUACAAGUCCACGAUUUGAUGGAUUCGUAGCUCGAUUUGAAAACUCGUACUUUCGCGGUGCCAUGUAUUUGCUUUUCUCCGUCAUCAUGUUUAUAUCAACCGUUGUCAAAACAACAACACUGGUUGUUCCUGCCGUCACAUUAUUACUGACCUUUCUUUCUUAUGUCAUUGCUGGGCUCAAGAAUCAACCUCAUGCCAGUACAAAAAUUUUGGGUGGUACUGGUGUCGAUAAUGUCGUUUAAUAACUCUAUUCUCUUAAUAAAUUAAUUCCUGUCAAACAUUAAAAAAAAGGGGGGAUGGAGCUAAAUAAAGAGUAACAAAUUCUUUAAUGUACAGUGUCUCUCUUUGCUACUGCUCUAUUAUAUGAAAAUAUAUGUCUCAU